AUGCCGGCGAAAAAGAAAGGGAAAGCUCCCCAGGUGCCUGUGCCCGCGCCUCAACCACAGACACCCACGACGCCGCCUCCACUUGAACAAUCUCAGCGCAACUUCGAAGAAGAACUCGACGGCUAUCCAGAAGUCCAGUGUAACGAGUUCCUUGCUACAAAAGCAAUCUAUCCUGACGAGUUUCAGCGCAUCCGGGGCAGGAAAGAUGCGUGGAAGACUCAAGAGAACUUAGCUUUUCAAGUUCGGGUCUCACCUCUCGAAAGUCGCGAUUAUUUCGUCAAACUCAUCUUCGAGUUUCCACGCGACUAUCCGAAGGUGCUCCCAAAGAUCAAUAUUGUCGAGAUUGGGCCCAAAGACCCUGACCUCAAAAAGCAAAUCGAGCACAUUGUUGCUACCAACCUGAAACAGAACCAAGGAAGCGAGAUAGUCUACGUGGUCAACACUGCCAUCAUGGACUUCCUUGACCAGACCGUCUCAGACAAGGCUGCCAAGAAAACGGAGCUCAGCCUCGAAGAAGAACGUGCCGCCAAAGAAGCUUUAGCUAAGAAGCAUCUCCAGGAGAAAGAAGAAAGCGCGCGCAGACAACAGGCAGAAGAAGCAGAGGAGAAAGAAAAGUUACUGUAUUCGCAGGUCGAAAGUGAGAAACAACGUCGCCAGAAAUCCAAUCUUUCUCGCACAGCCACUGGGGAAGAUGGGGCGGUGCUCUACGACGCACCCGAAGAACAGACCCGUUUUGACCAGACCAUGACCUGCAAAGACACAGUCACAAACACACCGUUCAAAUUCAAGGCAGUUUCAGGCAGGGUCGUCAUCCUCAGAAGGAAAGACAAGAAAAUCACUAUCGUUUCCCCUCGAGUGGAUACUGAACGUGUUCAAGCUCCGCAGCUCCUCCUCAAGGAUAUCUACAUCGCCGAGACUGCAAAUACAACGGCUCAGAUGCAGAAAUGUAUGGAGAUCGUUGAAGAGGACCUGGAGUUCUCAAAGGAACAUCAUCACGAGAAUGUCGUCGACCUGAUCAACUACAAGAUUGAGCACAUUACCCUUGAGGAUGGCACAGGCCAGUGGACCCUAGCUAUUCUCUCUGAAUUUGCUGAUAAAGGCUCUCUCGAUGAUCUUCUCGAGCUUUCGGGACCGCUCACUCCAGCCAAAGUCCGCACUUGGACUCGAGAACUCGUCGAUGCUCUGGUCUUCUUCGAUAAACAUGGCUAUGUCCAUCCUGCGGUGCAUGCUGGAAAUGUCAUGCUUUUCAUGUCGCCAAAGAGAGGGGUUACAGUCAAGUUGUCCGACGGUUACGGAACAAAACUUCGAGAUCUUGUUGAUUCCGUCCGAGACAAGUCUGGUACAAAGACAGAUGAGCUGCCUCUUUGGAUCGCUCCCGAACUCAACAACGAAAUGCCGGCACGAACAAACAAGACCUGCAUAUGGGAUCUCGGCGUGAUCGUGAUGCAGAUGGCUUUAGGCAAAGGAGUCAAAUCCAAAUACACAUCUCCUGCAGAUGUGCUCGAAGAUGUCGAUUUCGAAUCUAGUGCUCAAGGACUUCUGCAAGAAAUGUUUCGUUCCAAUCCGAACCGUCGCCCUUCAGCGUUUCAUCUCUCAAGCAAAAAGAUCUUCUUCGAGGAGAAUGACAAUCUCUUCCGGACACAGUCCCGAACUCUUCUCAACACUCCAGGACGCGUGAGACGUUACAGUGACAGACCUGGGAAUUCCAGGUAUCGAAAUGAAUGGGAGGAGUCUGCUGUACUUGGACAAGGUGGCUACGGCAAAGUCGUGCGUGCCAGAAACAAACUGGACGGCCAGUUUUAUGCUGUCAAGGAGAUCAAGAGCGAGUCGAUAAAGGAACUAGAAAACAUUUUACGAGAGGUCGCCCUGCUUGCGAAGCUCAACCAUCCGAAUAUCGUCAGGUACUACAACGCCUGGUACGAGAGCGCACACGAACAAGUAGAAGAACCACCUCAGCGAGCAGUCCCUUCCAGAUCUAUUCCUCAAACGGCGCCACUAAGUCUGGGUCAUGAUUUUAUGGAACCAUCUGUCUAUCGAAAUCAGGGUGCGGAAUAUAGCGACUCUGACGAUGGUGGGCUGUUUGCUUAUCAAGAUCCACCUUCUAUUGACGCAGACGACGGCUUUGAUGACGACCCAUUUGAAAGUGAUCCAGAACCAGAGAGAGAGGAGGAGAAGCAAGGAAUAACCGAUCCUUUCGAGCGUUCAGACGCGCCAGAGCCUGGAUCCCCACAAGGUGUAAAAUUGUUCGAAAGCCAGGACUCACCACAAGUGCCUUCAAGUCCUGCUCGGUCACGCUCGCUGAUACACGAUGAACCAUCCGUACUGUAUAUCCAGAUGGAACUAUGCGACGGCCGCACAUUGCGCGAUCGAAUCAACGGAGGUCUGCCAAAAGAUGUCGAUGCUGGCUGGCGAUUGUUUCGGCGCAUACUCGAGGGAUUAGCCUACAUACACAGCCACGGUGUUGUGCACAGAGAUCUUAAACCCGAGAAUAUCUUUCUCGACUCACACGAUACUCCCAAGAUUGGCGACUUUGGACUUGCCGGCUACGGACAAGCAACCUCUAAGGCAGACCUCUCCAGGUCAAGGCCAGCUAUGGUCACUGUAUCGUACCACAUUGGGACUGCAGGCUACAUGCCUCCUGAGCUUGAACGGACGGGAAGCAGCUAUGAUUCACGCGCGGACAUGUACUCCCUCGGAGUCACGUUCUUCGAAAUGUGUUUCUCAUUCAGCACCAAGAGCGAAAGAAGUAUCUACUUGCAAGGCAGGCUCAAAGAAAACCCACCACGCUUACCCCAGCUCUUCAAGGAAGAAAGCCACCAGAAACAAGGUGACAUUAUUGCGCGGCUGAUCGACCAUGAUCAAACUCAGAGACCAACUGCUUCGAUGCUACUUGACAGCGGCGUGAUCCCCGAGCCACUGGAAGAUGAAAAGUUUCAACGCUACAUUGACAGGAUGGCGGCAGAAAAUCCUGGUGAAUACCAAGCGCUGAUCACGAAGCUAUUCGCAAACCCAAACAGCCCCGUUGCAAGUCUUGCCUGGGAGGACAAGUCGACAAUCAGCACAGCCUCUGUCGACUCGAUGCUUUGGAUAUCUACUUGCGAUCAGCUGAAAUCCAUCUUUCGACGACAUGGCGCAGUGGAAGUCGGUCGGCAAAGUAUCUUCCCAAAAGCCGAGUUCUACCCACAUGCCGCCACUUUUCUCGAUUCUUCAGGCUUGGUCGUCCAGCUACCAUAUGAUCUUACUCUCCCUUUCGCUCGCACGCUUGGACAAAGUCCUCCUAAUUACAGCAAGACCUACUGCUUUGGUACCGUGUAUCGAGCUGCUGCACCAGGUUCACAGCCAAGACAAUUCCCUGAAGUUGACUUCGACCUCAUAUCUAACAGUGCAAAAGACUUGCCUUUGAAAGAAGCCGAGGUGAUGAAGGUGCUUGACGAGGUUCUUACCGAGUUCCCUGCUCUGGCCGCACGCUGCUGGACAAUCUACCUUAAUCAUGCUGAUCUGCUCGACCUCAUCCUCGACUUCUGUCGAAUCAAACCAGUUGAGGCACACGAUGUCAAACGGGCUCUAUCACACCUCAACACUCAGGGACAUGGAUGGACACAAAUUCGUGAGGAACUUCGCAGCCCUGCCAUCAACAUCGCCGAGACGUCUGUGAGCGACCUCAAGCGAUUCAAUUUCGACGGCGACUUGGAAAAAGUCCGCACGAAGCUGUCCAAGCUUUUCGGGGACUCGGACCAUUUCAGCAAGGCGUUGCCCCUUUUGGGCCGCCUGGAUGAGGUGACGAAGUACCUCCAGCGCAUGAAUGUCCGAACCCAGAUCCUCAUCGCGCCACUCAGCAACAACUCGGAGUAUCUUUACCGGCGGUCGCUGCUCUUCCAGUGCGCAGACAGCGCUUCUCGGAAAGUCCUGGCGGUCGGUGGGCGGUACGACGCCCUGGUCCAAGAGUAUCAGACCAAGUCUGAUAAGGGGAAUACCCGUGCGGCGGGGUUCCGCCUCAACAUACUGGACCUAAUCGGCUACGUUCGGGGCCAGAUCUCCGCCCAGGCAAGCAAGUCGUCCAAGACGACAGCGAGCGCCGCGGCGGAGUCGAAGGCUGUGGCUAGGAGAUGUGAUAUCCUGGUCACGAGCUUCGACUCCAAUGCGUUGAAGAAUUCGUGCCUGGAAGUCUUGUCGUCUCUGUGGGCCGCCGGGCUCAGUGCCGAGCUCUCCGAGGAGUUCCACUCCUUGGAGGAGCUGGAGAUGGGCUACGGCAGCCAGAAUGCCGGAGGAUACUGGCUGGUGAUUGUGAGGGGAGGGGCCCUUGGGGAGAGGACCUUGAAGGUCCGGGGUCCCUCUCGCUCGGAAGAUGAGGUCAAGGCUGUGGAGUUGGUGAGCUUUUUGCGCCUGAAAAUGGCAAAGAGUAGAUAG